AUUUAAAACCUCAGCAGAGUGUUCUGUGCUCCACGCACAGCAUUAGUGCAACAUGAGGGCUGGAUGCAGCUGGCUCUCGGGAGGACGUCCUCGCCUGCUGCAGGACAGAGAAGACUGAGACUGGGAGGCAAACCUGGGUGCAGCCGGAAAGGUCCAGAUAGAUGAGCUUGUGGCAUCCGUUCCCCAAGUUCAGGAGCUCUGCACACCCCAGUUGGGCCUUACUCUCCCCGACCUGUGUUUGCUAAGGCUACCCAAACUUGGAUUCCAGAGGAAGACUUUCUUGUUCCUUCUGCCUGGGGCCAGCUGAACGUCAGAAUGCGCAUAGUGGCCAUCUUGCUUCUGUUCUGCCUUUGCAGAGCUGCUGAGCCUCGCAAGUCCAGCCCUGGUGUUUUGAGAAGCCAAGGCAAUCCCAGCCGCAGCCACGGCCGUGGUGGCAGGAGGGGCUCCAGCCCAGUCAAACGCUAUGCACCAGGCCUGCCUUGUGAUGUGUACACUUAUCUCCAUGAAAAAUACCUAGACUGCCAAGAAAGGAAACUAGUCUAUGUGUUGCCUGACUGGCCUCAAGAUUUGCUGCACAUGCUGCUAGCAAGAAACAAAAUCCGCGUGUUAAAGAACAACAUGUUUGCUAAGUUUAAAAGGCUGAAGAGCCUGGACCUGCAGCAGAACGAGAUCUCCAAAAUUGAGAGCGAGGCGUUCUUUGGUUUAAAUAAACUUACCACCCUCUUGUUGCAGCACAACCAGAUCAAGGUGCUGACAGAGGAGGCGUUCAUUUACACGCCGCUCCUGAGCUACCUGCGGCUCUAUGACAACCCCUGGCACUGCACUUGUGAGCUAGAGACGCUCAUUUCCAUGCUGCAGAUUCCACGGAACCGGAAUCUGGGGAACUACGCCAAGUGCGGAAGCCCACCAGCACUGAGAAAUAAAAAGUUGCUGCAGCUAAAACCUCAAGAGCUGUGUGAUGAAGAGGAGAAGGAGCAACUGGACCCCAAACCCCAAGUGUCGGGGAUACCCGCAGUCAUCAGGCCAGAAGCAGACUCCACUCUGUGCCACAAUUACGUGUUUCCCAUACAAACCCUAGACUGCAAGAGGAAAGAGUUGAAGAAAGUCCCAAGCAACAUCCCUCCAGACAUAGUGAAGCUUGACCUGUCAUCCAACAAAAUCAGACAGCUCCGACCCAAGGAGUUUGAAGAUGUUCACGAACUAAAGAAGUUAAACCUAAGCAGCAAUGGCAUUGAGUUUAUAGAUCCUGCUGCCUUUUUAGGGCUCAUACACCUAGAAGAGCUCGACUUAUCAAACAACAGCCUGCAGAACUUUGACUAUGGCGUGUUAGAGGAUUUGUACUUUCUGAAACUCCUGUGGCUCAGAGAUAACCCUUGGAGGUGUGACUACAGCAUCCACUACCUCUACUACUGGUUAAAGCACCACUACAACGUCCACUAUAACGGUCUGGAAUGCAAAACGCCGGAAGAAUACAAAGGGUGGUCUGUGGGGAAAUACGUACGGAGUUACUAUGAAGAAUGCCCCAAGGACAAGCUGCCAGCCUACCCUGAGACGUUUGACCAGGACACAGAAGAUGAUGAAUGGCAGAAAAUACACAGAGAUCACCCAGCAAAGAAGCACAGAGUGAGAAUCACCAUUGUGGGGUAGUUAACUACCGAACCGUCCCAGCUAGACCCGGCUGCACAGCGCUGUGUGGGCGUGGGGAACCGCAUGUUUACAUUCGGAUGAAUUGUGGGUUUGGGGAUUUAGCUCAGUGGUAGAGCGCUUGCCUAGCAAGCGCAAGGCCCUGGGUUCGGUCCUCAGCUCUGGAAAAAAAAAACAAAACAUUUGGAUGAAUUGUGAUACCUAUUAUGCAGGGUAAUCAAGCUACAAGGAGGUUCCUCUGAUUUGUUAGCAACAAUUAUUCGGCUGUGGCAAGUUUGAUAAUCUAGGGAAACCUGCCCGCCUGCGGAUCAGACUCCCAUGACAAGAGUACACAGUGGGCCAGAACUGCUGGUACAUGUCCACAGCUCCAACACUAAAGCUGAGGCAGGAGGACCGUGGUGCCAACCUGGGCUACAAAGCCAGAAACAGUCUCAAAAGAACCCAACUAUUCCACACUGGUGACAUGAGGGAGUUGGAUAUUAAUGAUGGUAUUAGAAUUUCAUAGUGCAUAUGUUUUUAGUGGCUUUUUGAAAUAAAAGUUUAAAAAAAAAAA